AUGGGCCUCUUCAAGUCUCUCAAGGGCAAAAUCGAGGUCGGGACCGAGAAUCUUUCCGGAAACGAGCAUCUGCGGCGCGAAGGAGGAUGGAACCAGACCCAGGGCGGAGAAGCAGGGCAGUACGCUCCUCCGCCAGGGCCGCCUCCAUCACAUCGCUACCGGAGCCAGGAGUCGGAGGAGACCUUCAAGGCUCCUCCCGGUCCACCACCAUCACACCACCGUGCCCCUGUAAAUUCACGCGCUGAAGAAUUCUCUCCUCCGCUGGGCCCGCCCCCUUCGCACCCCUCAGCUUCCAGACCCGACAACCCGCCACCCUACCACGAUUGGACCGUGAUUCCUGACACAUCCCUCCUCCCACCACCCCCGCCCCUACCGCAAGACUUCUCGCCGACAAACAAUGCCUCCUACGACUCCGCCGCGCGCGCUCAUGAGUGGUGUGCAAGCCACCCCGUGUACACGCCUAGCACACCCAGCCACGAGAUCCACCUCCUCGCCAAUGCUGGUCACAUCACUCUAGAGCCCCCUCCGCUGCCCCUGAGGAAGUACAUGACCACGUUUCAGCAGACGAGUCCGACGACAUGGAUGGUGGCGACGGACAAACAGCAGCAAGACGCCGUCAUUUUGGCCUCGAUCCCAUUGUACUUCGCCUGUGUGGACAACCCACGAUCCACGUUGGAAUCGACGAAGAUCUACUUCGAAAUCGCUAUCCACCGCAUCCUCAACGCGAACUCGGGCAUCGCGAUCGGGUUCGCGGCGAAACCCUAUCCGCCGUGGCGGUUGCCCGGGUGGCACCGCGCGAGCAUCGGUGUGCACGGGGACGACGGGCGGAGAUUCGUGAAUGAUCCGUGGGGUGGGCGGGAUUUUGUCCGGGCGUUCAAGGAGGGCGAAGUUGUAGGGGUGGGCAUGCAUUUCUCCACGCAAGUCGCGAUACGUGGUCAGAGACCAGGAACAGGCAGGGUCAAGACGAGAGCGUUCGUCACCAGGGACGGCAGGGCGGACGAUGGGUGGGGUUGGGAUAUCGACGAAGAACGCGACGAGCGGGACGAAGGUGUCGACGGCCUAAUGGGUGAAGGGGACCUGUAUCCCGCCAUCGGAGUGUUUGGCGGAGUCGAGUUUGAGGUCAGGUUCGGGGAUAGUGUCAGUUGGAGAGGGAGGUAG